UCACAUGGUGCAUGCUUUUUUCUGCUUAGAUUUCCUAAACUCAAUAGGGAUGACAUAUUUCUCGACACAGGCGGAAGCUAUCACGUGACUCGUGUGUACACCUUCCCUGUCUGUCAAUCCCGGAGCGAGAGAUCGCAUUGCAACGCGGACACAAGCCUGGUGCACCGUUUAGUGAUGGCUCUUAGACGGGCUUUGCAUUUUGUCUUUAAAGUAGGAGACAGACCCAAGACUGCCACCUUCUUCAGGGAAGUGCUCGGCAUGAAAAUCUUACGACAUGAGGAAUUUGAAGAGGGCUGUAAAGCUACAUGUAAUGGCCCCUAUGACGGGAGGUGGAGUAAGACCAUGGUCGGGUACGGGGCAGAAGACGAUCACUUUGUGGCUGAGCUCACCUAUAACUACGGCGUGGGAGAGUACAGGCUUGGCAGUGACUUCUUGGGCCUGACCCUGCAGUCCAGUCAGGCGGUCAGCAAUGCCAGGAAGCUGGGCUGGCCGCUGGCAGAGGCCGGGGAGGGGACGUACGUGGCGGAGGUGCCGGGGGGGUAUAAAUUCUACCUGGUGGACAAGGAGCAGCCUGCUACAGAUCCGGUGCAGAAAGUGACCCUGGGGGUGUCUGAUCUUCAGCGUUCCACACGGUACUGGUCAGCCCUCCUCGGGAUGAAGGUCUACGAGAGGAACGAAGACAAGAAGACUGUCCUGCUGGGAUACGCUGACCACCAGUGUAAGCUGGAGCUGCAGGACAUCGGUGCGGCUGUGGACCGCGGGACGGCAUUCGGGAGGAUCGCUUUCUCCUGUCCCAGAGAGCAGCUGCCUGAGAUUGAAGCCCUGGUUAAGAAGGAGAGCUGGAAGAUCCUGACCCCGCUGGUCAGUCUGGACACCCCAGGGAAGGCCACGGUGGAGGUGGUGAUUCUGGCCGAUCCGGAUGACCACGAGAUCUGUUUUGUGGGGGAUGAGGCGUUCCGAGAGCUUUCUAAAGUGGACCCCAACGGAGACACUCUGCUAGACAAUGCGAUGGCAGCUGACAAAAGUGACGAAUGGUUUGCCAAGCACAAGAAGCAGAAAGCCUCUGCGUAGGAGGAGUGGGGUUCCAGCAUUUCUGCAUCGCGUCACCCAGCACUUACUGACGCCUUCCCCUGAAAGAACAGAAACCGAGGCCACAGUCACAGCAGAGCGGACCCUGAACCCCAGCAGAGCGGACCCUGAACCCCAGCAGAGCGGACCCUGAACCCCAGCAGAGCGGACCCUGAACCCCAGCAGAGCGGACCCUGAACCCCAGCAGAGCCAGGGUGCCACGUUCACAUAUAUAGAUAUAGGACUGUGUACAUAUCACUGGAGCUGUGUUUCUACUGCCCUGUCCUGUGCUUGGAAACAGAGCUGGUAGCAGGAGCUGCAGGCAGUCUAGCUCUGGGAUAAGCCACAAGCAGCAGCAGCUGCAGCAUCGCUACCACACUGUGUUUUAAACAUGGGCACAGAGUGCUGUAACUGGAGGCUUUGGUAUCACAACACAUUAAAGAUGAUUUACAAUGGAAA